AUGGAGCCAGAAGUUACUAUCAACAAGACUGACGUUGUGGCUGACAUACAUCCCUGCUAUGAAAUAGAUAACUUUAACUACAUACUGAAAAGCACCCCUUCUGUUGUAUGUGUAUUACUAUAUGUUUUCCUUGUACUUUUGUCUGUUAUUACAAUAUGUGGAAAUCUUCUUGUUAUAAUCUCCAUAAUUUACUUCAAACAGCUUCACACACCCACAAACUACCUGAUUCUGUCUCUGGCUGUGGCUGACCUGCUUGUUGGGAUUGUAGUUUUUCCUUUCAGCAUGGCGUUCUCUCUCAGCUCAUGUCUGUAUUAUGAAAGUUUAUUUUGCAAAGUAAGGGGCAGUUGUGAUAUAUCGCUCAGUACAUGUUCUAUUCUGAACUUGUGCUGUAUUUCUAUUGACAGAUAUUAUGCUGUGUGUCAGCCUCUGACAUACAGAACUAAAAUUAACCAUUGUGUUGUUGUGAUCAUGAUCCUGGUGAGCUGGGGUAUCUCUGCUCUCAUUGGAAUUGGUGUAAUAAUUGCAGGAUUAAACAAUGAAAAAUGUGAGGAAAGGUGUUUAAUCGAUGUUCUCAUAGCAAACACUAUUGGACCUAUUUUAUCAUUUUACCUCCCAGUGAUCAUAAUGCUCUGUAUCUACCUAAAGAUUUUUCUUGUUGCGCAGAGACAGGCACGCAGCAUCCAGAACACAACCUGUCACAGCACAAAGUCUGGAGCAGUUGUCAGUAAGAUGGAGAGAAAGGCCACAAAAACUCUGGCAACUGUUUUGGGAGUUUUUCUUGUAUGUUGGACUCCUUUCUUUUUAUGCAUCACCUUUCUGCCUUUUUCUAAUAUUCCAGUACCAGUUAAUGUGAUUGAGACUCUUAAUUGGCUUACAUUGUCAAAUUCAAUGCUGAAUCCAUUUAUCUAUGCUUUCUUUUACAGCUGGUUCAGAUCAGCUUUCAAAAUAAUCAUUUCAGGGAAAAUAUUCCAAGGAGAUUUUGCAAACUCCAUGUUGAACUGA